AUGUCUUUUUCGCGGUCAUCGAGGGACGUCCUGCUUCUGUCGCGUCAAUUGACACGGCCGGGGUUCAGAGCACCCCGCCUCCCGCGUUCCGCCCGCACCGUUGCGACCUUCACGCCUCCGCACCAGGCCAGCGCCAUUUCCCGAAUCCAGACCAAUGUCGACCCAACGUCCGAGGAGUUCAAGGAGAAUGAGCGGCACAUGGGCGAGGUUAUGAAGAAGAUGCAGGACCUGACGCGGAAGGUACACCUCGGGGGUUCGGCAAAGGCGAGAGAAAAACACCUUGCAAGAAAGAAGAUGCUGCCGCGCGAUCGAGUUACCGCGUUAAUCGACCCCGGCACGACCUUUUUGGAGCUGUCACCUCUAGCUGCACACGAACUGUACCCUGAGGCUGACGUUCCUGCGGGUGGCAUCAUCACUGGUGUCGGCGUUGUCGAAGGCGUGACGUGUGUGAUCGUUGCCAACGAUAGCACAGUGAAGGGCGGAACCUACUACCCAAUUACGGUCAAGAAGCAUUUGAGAGCACAAGCCGUGGCCCAAGAGAACAAGCUGCCCUGCAUCUACAUGGUUGACAGCGGCGGAGCCAACCUUCCCCAUCAAGCUGACGUAUUCCCUGAUCGUGAUCAUUUCGGACGCAUUUUCUACAAUCAGGCAAGGAUGAGCUCCAUGGGGAUUCCCCAGAUUUCGGUCGUUAUGGGUCCGUGCACUGCGGGUGGUGCCUACGUCCCCGCAAUGAGUGACGAGAGCAUCAUUGUCGAGAACCAGGGACACAUCUUCCUUGCUGGUCCGCCGCUGGUGAAGGCAGCUACUGGUGAGGUGAUCAGUGCAGAGGAGCUGGGCGGCGGCAAGAUGCACUCUUCUGUUUCAGGUGUGACAGACUACUUGGCGGUCGACGACGCUCAUGCUAUUACACUUGCCAGGCGGAGCAUCAGCAACCUGAACUGGCCUACGAAGUCACCUUCAACAGCGCCACCCGUGCAGAACUACGCCGAGCCUCUGUACUCACCAGAGGAACUCCUCGGUAUUGCUAGCACGAACCUAAGGAAGCCACUGCCUAUUAAGGAGGUCAUUGCUCGCAUCAUUGACGGUUCCGAGUUCUCCGAAUUCAAGCGUGACUUCGGUACAACUCUGGUCACUGGGUUUGCCCACAUCCAUGGUUACAAGGUUGGUAUUGUUGCCAACGAUGGCAUUUUGUUUGCCGAAUCCUCCGUGAAGGGCGCACAUUUCAUUGAGCUUUGCGCUCAGCGAGGCAUCCCCUUGGUGUUCCUGCAGAACAUCUCUGGCUUCAUGGUUGGCUCCGCUGCUGAGCGCGGUGGCAUUGCCAAGCACGGCGCGAAGCUUGUCACUGCUGUUGCUUGUGCCGAUGUUCCUAAAUUCACGGUUGUAGUAGGCGGUAGCUAUGGUGCUGGCAACUAUGGCAUGUGUGGUCGAGCCUACAGCCCCCGUUUCCUGUGGAUGUGGCCAAACUCUCGCAUCGGUGUCAUGGGUGGUGAGCAGCUGGCUGCGGUGAUGGAGACCGUCGGCAAGGCAGACCCCGAGUUGAAGGAGAGGAUAGAGCGGGAAAGCGACGCGACCUACUCGUCGGCUAGGUUAUGGGAUGACGGCAUAAUUCCUCCUCAGCAUACCCGUCAAUACCUGGGCUUGGGUCUGCGGGCCGCCAUGUCAGGUCGGAACGAAGUCAAAGCUGGCGAUACCAAAUUCGGUGUUUUCAGAAUGUAA